CAUGUCUUUUGCUUUCCUUUUCACUUUCUCUGCUGACUGGAAUCUUCCCUGCGUAUUUGUUCUUUUAAAAUUAAGGAGAUAUAUUUCAGCUUAGAGUGCUCACCCGGAGACCUACUGGAGACCUGAAAUUAAACGCCUCUCCCACCGUCCUUCCUGCUUCUCCCUACCGUUCUUUCCCAACUGUCACCUCCAGAAUCUUGCUGCCUGGAGUUUCGCUGCCUUGUGUAACAACCGUCUUCCUGUCACCGUAGAAACGAGUGGGGAAGGGAGACCAUUUCUGUCCCAAGUAGUUGCUCUGACAGAAAAGAAAAGUGUUAUCUGAAGAUGGAGAGAAACGAAUCAUCAAAUUAUCCUGGAGCUGCAGGAGAGAGUCCCUUCAAUAAGAACCAGUAUCAGGGCAGGGGGGUUCCACCAGCCCAAUAUUGGGUCCAGAGUCAUCCACCGGCAAACCCUUCACCUUAUGUUUUGAAUGUGGAGAAUCCAGAUCUGCCGCCUCCUACCUACCAGCAUCAAGCAGCUGGAGAAGGAAUGCCAAAUGAUUGUCUGGCUGCAGCCCAUGACAAGCCCCCUGCAUAUCAGAGUCCUAUGGAAGAGUCCAGCCAAUUCUCUGACAAGGCUAUCCGCCAAGCUUUCGUCAGGAAAGUGUAUCUCAUCUUGACUGUUCAGCUGGCUGUAACUGUUGGCAUAAUCUGCAUGUUUAUUUACUGGAGGAGACUUAAAGCAUGGAUAUGGAUGAAUCCCUGGUUUACAUACGUUCUGUUUCCAGCGAUCCUUAUUUUGGCAAUUGUCCUUGCCUGCUGUGAUAAUGCCCGCAGAAAAUUUCCAUUGAACUUAAUUUUCUUGGCAAUAUUUACAAUCCUUGAAGGCCUAAUGCUUGGAUCAAUUUCAGCCCUAUUCUAUGCGGAUGCAGUGAUGUGGGCCAUUGGUGCAACAACGUUUGUGACUUUAGGACUGUCUGUAUUUGCUCUGCAGACAAAAUGGGACUUUACCAUAGCAUCUGGAAUCCUCCUAGCUGUAGUCCUGGUGCUGAUGGCCUUUGGUAUUCUUUGUGCCAUCAUACGGUCAUUUUGGCUGCAGAUAGUUUAUGCCUCAAUAGGAACACUGGUUUUCAGUAUAUAUCUUGUGGUGGAUACACAGCUCAUGCUUGGAGGAAAGCACCGGUAUGGUUUGAAUCCUGAAGAGUAUGUCUUUGCAGCACUGAACCUCUAUCUUGAUAUCUUAAAUAUUUUCUUGUUCAUACUCCAGUUAAUUGGGCUUUCACGCUGAAAAGCUACUGCACGUGAACUGAGACAUGACAGUACAGAAACCAUGUGAGGCAAAGUUUAAGUGCAAAGCUAAAAAAAAACCUUACAAAAAUGUUCUUGGUUUCAGGCUAUUGCCACAUAAAGAAUAGUUCAGUAAAGUACAACCCUUAUACCUGAAACCACACACAGUUUCAAGAGUCCCUCCAGCAGCCAGACUUAAGCCGACCAACAACUCAAUUUAAACAUGAAUUUCAAAGGUGAAAUGCAACCUCAAUCCUCAUGGAAGGGCCAAACAAGGUUUGUAGCUGUGAUGAAAUAAGGACAAACUAGCUCACACUCAGUAUUUGGGUGUAUUUUUUUAAACAAGGGUUCAAAUAGUGCCUAAAAAUUGUGAUAAGAUGAAUCUGAAAUAAAGUACCUACACUGUCUUGUUCAUAUAUGGAUACUGUGACCUAGUUAAGCAAUUCUUUACAUAAUUCUUUCUGUAUCUAUUUACAUUUGACAUAAAGUGUGUUGUAUCUUGAGAAGUCAAGUUUUACUGUCAUAAGUGUCUAAUACAUGUAGAGGAAUAAAUCUAACUGUAAUUGGU